AUGCUCGAGGCAAGGUCAUCAUAUCAGGAGGGAAGCUUGUGGUUCUAUGCGCCGAAUAAAGGCGCUGCAAUUGCCUUCGCGAUUCUCUUCGCUAUAUCCGGUGGUAUCCAUGGGUACCAAUGCUUCAGAUACAAGUCCUGGAAAGUCACCGGCCUUCUUCCAUGGUCUGCCCUUCUGUUCACGGCAGGUUUUAUUACGCGAACUAUUGGAGCGUUCGGGCAGUGGGGAAAUAUAGGCGUCUUUAUCGCAAGUACCGUGCUUCUCCUCGCCGGACCACCAGUAUAUGAGGGUGCCAACUUCUUUAUUUUGGGUCGCAUACUCUACUACAUCCCAUACCACUCUCCCAUCCACCCUGGCCGCGUAUUCACGACCUUUGUCGCCUUGGGUGUGGCCAUUGAAAGCAUUACCGCAAACGGAGCGGCUCGAGUCGCAAGUGCAGAUUCUAGUGUCAACUCGCAAAACACUGGCAAGGCACUGCUGAAGGCGGCGCUUAUCAUGCAGAUUUUUCUAAUGACGGGCUUUGUGACUUUGGCCGGCCGAUUCCACUUCAACUGCUCCCGAGGGGGCGUGUUGAACCACAAGAUCAAGCAUGCCCUAUUGGUUCUUUACUGCAGCUGUACCCUCAUCACGAUCCGUACCAUCUAUCGCACCGUGGAAUACUUUACUGCCGCGAGUCUGAAUGCCUACGCUGACCUCGAAAAUAUCAGUCCUGUAUUGAAACAGGAGUGGUUCUUCUGGUUUUUCGAGGUUGUGUUCAUGUACAGCAAUACCACUUUGCUGAAUGUUUUUCAUCCCAUGCACUGGCUUCCGCGAUCAAACAAAAUUUAUCUUGCUAAAGACGGUGUCACAGAGAUCGAGGGCCCUGGCUAUGACGAUCCCCGACAUUGGCUCCAGACUGUCGUCGACCCAUUUGAUAUAUACGGACUGAUCGUUAACCGAGGCAAGAAAGAACAGUAUUGGGAAGCGAGUCCAACUCAGAGACAGGAAACCACUGCUAAACCCAUUCAAGGGGUAUGA